AUGGUGACUAACACGUCCGAAAAAUUAUCAGCGAGCGAAUCGCGGAAACAGGUUACCGCGAAAUUAUUUUUCAGAGGUCCGAGGAACUCCCAAAAAGGGCCCUCGGAACGAGGCACGGUGCCUGCCGCCGGCCACGGCGGAGCCGGCCGCGAGCACGGCGGUGCCUGCCGCCGGGCACGGCGGGAGCCGCCGCCGGGAACGGCGGAAAGCAGACCGCCAAGCCUGAGCAAGCAGCAGCCGCCCCACUCCUGGGCAAGGCCUGCGCCCAGCUGCGGGCGAGGUCUGCCGCCCGCAGCGGGCGAGGCCUGCCGACCCGCGGCGGCGAGGGAUUGCCCGCCAGCGCGCGCGGGGCCUGACGCCCCGCGCGGGCGGCCUGCCGCGCCGCGCGCGGCGGCCAGGCUGCCGCCAACGCGCGCGGGCGAGGCCUGCUCGCCCCAGCGCGGGCGGGCACAGGCCGCCCGCGCAAAAAAAAAGCGGGCGAGGCCAGCCGCAGCGCGCACGGGGCCUGUUCGGCCCCCGCGGGCGGAGGCGUGCCGCCCAGCACAGCGCGCCUGUCGCCGCUCAGGCGGGCCUGGCCACCCCACGCCCCUAGGCGGCACCUGCCGGACCCAGCUUGGAGCGACCACCUGCCGCCCAGGACCAAGGCAGGGCCUUGCCGCACCACCGACUGGGGCGGCAGACUGCCGCGCCGUCCCAGGCGGCACCCCCCGCCCCAGCUUGGCGGGCCUGCCGCCCCACACGAACAGGGCGGCAGCUGACCGCCUUUGGACCGAAAAUUGGCCCUAUAAAUAG